AUGUUUGUUCGUGAUGGUAAUGCUCUCAAUGAACUCGACGAUAAACGUAUUAAGCAAAUUAAGCCUCUCAUACCUCCUCAAAUUCUAAUGGAGGACUUGCCUUUAACCUUGAAGGCAGCACAAACCGUCAUACUUGGCCGCUCAAGUGCAGAGGCAAUAAUAAGGGGUCUUGACGACAGAUUACUAGUUAUCGUUGGCCCUUGUUCGGUCCACGAUGUUCGAGCCGCGAUUGAAUAUGCUGAGAAAUUAAAAACUUAUGCUACCGAAGCAUCUAAUGAACUUAUGAUUAUUAUGCGUGUGUAUUUUGAAAAGCCAAGAACGACAGUGGGUUGGAAAGGAUUGAUCAAUGAUCCUUUCCUAAAUAAUAGCUUCCAAAUCAACAAAGGAUUGCGUAUUUCACGUAAUCUCUUGAUGGAAAUAAACGAAUUAGGCCUUCCAUGCGGCAGUGAAUUUCUUGAUACAAUUACUCCACAAUACAUUGCUGAUUUAGUUUCCUGGGGUGCUAUCGGUGCCAGGACAACUGAAUCACAGGUUCACCGUGAGUUGGCUUCGGGUUUAUCGGUUCCUGUUGGCUUUAAGAAUGGAACUGAUGGAAACAUAGGUAUUGCUAUUGAUGCCAUUAAGGCAGCAAGUGCCAAACAUCACUUCCUUUCUGUCACAAAACAGGGAUUGAGUGCCAUCGUAGCUACAGAAGGUAAUGAUGGUUGCCAUAUCAUCCUAAGAGGCGGUGCAAAAGGUCCAAAUUAUUCGGCCGAACAUGUUCUAGAUGCUGCAAAAAAAUUAGAGGCUGCAAGAUUACCUCCUCGUAUCAUGAUUGAUUGUAGUCAUGGAAACAGUCAAAAAGUUUUCAGUCGACAAGUUGAUGUUGUCAACGAUAUUGCUGAACAACUCAAAGGCCAAUCUGGAAACAACAUCGUCGGUAUUAUGCUCGAAAGUCACUUAAAAGAAGGUCGCCAAGAUCUUCCCAUGGAAGGGCCAUCAGGGCUUGUUUAUGGCCAAUCAAUCACAGACGCGUGUAUUGCUUGGGAAACCACAACUAAAGUAUUAGACGUAUUACGAGAAGCUGUAAGUGCUCGACGUGCUCGUUCAAUGCAAAAUGGCAAAAGGUCCCCUGCAUCUUUCAAUGAAUAA